AUGGAAGUGACAAGUGAUGCUACAGACAUUCUUAGUCAACUUUCGCCAGAACAGGUUGAACAAUUUCGGAAAUACUUCAAUAUGUUUGACAAAGAAAACAAAGGUUUUAUCAAGGCAACACAGAUCGGCCAGAUUUUAAGAACUAUGGGUCAGGCAUUUGAAGAACGAGAUUUGAAACAGCUUAUUAAGGAGUUCGAUACUGACGGAUCAGGUGAGAUUGAAUUCGAAGAAUUUGCAGCAAUGGUUGCUAGUUUUGUUGUUGAAGAUGAAAAUGCCGGUUUAGAGGAGGAACUGCGAGAAGCGUUUCGAUUGUACGACAAGGAGGGCAAUGGUUACAUAGCAGUAUCAGAUUUGCGUGAUAUCUUACGUGCGUUGGAUGAAAAUGUCUCCGAAGAAGAACUAGAUGAAAUGAUAGCUGAUAUCGACACUGAUGGUUCUGGCACUGUCGAUUUCGACGAAUUUAUGGAAAUGAUGUCUGGCGAAUGA